AUGGCAACCCCAAACAAGCAAGGCGUUCCCGGGAAGCAGGCCUUCUUGACGGGCCUAGAGCUGGAAGAGCCAACCUAUCAUACGACGUCAUCCAGCUCCGAAUUUCGGGAACUAGCAGCAUUAGACCAGCCACAGGCCGCAGCGUUUCGGGUGGAGGAUGCCAGGCUGCCACUGCAGGAACAAAGUCUCGUGGUUAGCCUGGAACAAACGCAGAAUGGUAUCAUAAUUUGAUGCAGUUUAUUAUUAUUUCUUGUUCUCACUCAUAGACAGAAGCAGCGUCGAACAGGAGCUCGUCAUGUUUGUCAUGCAUCUCAAUCAUCGGUGCAAGAAUACGGCAUGGUCCACUGAAUUUCGCACAUUGAUAUAUCAGGUGCGAACGUCCAACCCGUGUUUCCCCUCCCGGAGUCGCUUCCACUCGAAAAAGUGAAAAAGAAUUGCGCGAUAAAUAUCGAGUUCUCAGGGACCGAGCAAAACCGCGCGAGGGCUGUUUGGGCGGGCUGUUUUGCGAGUCCGGCGGCGGAUAGCAUCGUGGCGGAUUUGUUUUGGUGGACGAUAUGUUACUACUUCAAAUCCGGGGAACAGGUCGAAGAAGAAGAUUUGCUGUUUGACAGAAUAUCCAUGAAUUACGUCGCCAUGUUUGCCGCCGUGCCACCGUCAAAGCGCGACUUCUUCUUUCCGCACUUUCCCGACGCGAUUGCGCAAGCGGUAUUUUGUUGUUCUCUUUACGCCUGAUGUCGGAUUCGAUUUGCAGGUACACGGUUAUUUCAUGCAAGCACUACGGAUGGGAAUGCAUAUGCAAUAGGUCUUCAGAGACGGACACCCCUGAAGACUGCAGUCACACUUCGCUGGCGCCGUUUCAGCUUAUCAUGGUGCUGUGCUUGCUAUAAGAACACAUGAUACAACAAAAUAAACAUCGAUCCUCACAACUCAGGUCCUCUAUUGCCUUUUCCUCGCCUACCCAAAAUCAAGAACGCACUUCUCGGAUACUUUUCGACGAGACUUGGUGUCCCGCGUCAGCUACUGGUUUACCGGUUUCAGGCCGCAGUUUCUGUCCAUAAGUCACUGGAAACUGAAUCUGGGCGGCGGCGAUGUCUUGCAGAGUGCAGGAGGCGGGAGGGGGGCCAUUCCGUAUUUAUGUCAUAGAAAAUACAUGAAAAGGUUUUUUGUGCUAGCUCCGCAAGUUUGUCAACACACAUGGCAAGGCUGUUCACCUCGGAGGUUUUGUGCCGGCUGAUAUUGAAACUGCAAAAAAUUCAGUGCCCUCACUGCCGGCAGUUCGUCGAACGAGGCGACGCGGGCGCUCCUAGACCAGGCGAAGCUCGACGAUUCGCCCAUAAAGCAGCGGCCGCCGAGGGUGUUACGCACGUUGCGCCAUUCGCCUCUGCUUGAGCACUUCGUGAAACAGCAGAAGUUCGGGUCGGCAAACCUAGUGAAGGGACUGAAAAUGCAGCUCACCGAGUCCGAGGAGCACGUGCUUCAACUGGACAGAAAACACUCAAAACUGCCUGGACAGGCCGCCGCAGCGACGAAAGUCAGCGAGGUAAGUACGAAGAUUCGCACUUCUAUGUAUAUAAUAUUGCACUUACUGGUGUGUGAUUCUUCAUCUUCACCUGUGCUGUCGGGCCUGUAGUUACGGUACAAGGGUUGUCAUGCGUUAGUUCAACAAGUUCGUUUUCAAAUUUCAAUGCAAGACCGAAAGAAAGAAUCCAACCAAAACCAAAACGACAGGAUCUCCUCCUCGAGUAUGAGAAGAUGAGUCAGGAGCUUCGUAAGGAGGAGAACGCAUUUGCGGCGAAAACAAGAUCUGCGGAGCACGCGGUUGACGCGAAGAAGAAGGAGGUUUUGCGAAAGUCGCCACACGACUUCGCGAACUACCUCGUUUCGCUGAAGCUGCUGCAGAGUGAGUAGAGAUCAUCUGCCGGAAGGCGCAGUCGCGUUGGCCGACGACAUGGAAUCGAACCUGAGUCCUCUCAUGAACAGUUGCACAUCUUUACAGCAGCACGCCACCUGAUUUACUUUCCAUUUAACCUGAAGAAGCCAAACAAGAACGCACCGUUCUUUCCUACAGAGGUGCUGGAGCUAGCAGCUUUCUUUUGUAUGAUUUGUGAUUGCGCUUUAGACAGAGGACAGCCUCGACGUAGAAGAAGUGCUGGACGAGGACGACAAGAAAAAGCGCAAUACAACUAGCGGAGGUAUCUACGCGGCAAAACUUCUGACCUACAAGUACAAAGGCUCGGAAGAAAGUGGUGUCAGACCACCUCCCACUAGUUGAUUGCCGUCCUUAUUUUCGCACAUAGCGAGACGGAGACGUGUUGUGCUAUCUUCUGAGCGGGCUUCAAUCAGACAGUUUGUAACUGAACCGAAACUCAAUAAACGGUCUGGCUUUAGUAUCCCUGUUCGUAAAAGAAUUUUGGUUUUCAAGUCCCUCCUUGUACAAUAUGCUGGCUUUUAGGGUGGGGCUACUGACAUCAAAGAUAGAAGAGGCGAGAU